AUGUUGAACUUCUUUACAACGUCCAAUGGUUUUCGAUCGACGCUGCCGGUCGUAUCGAACCUCACAGCUAUGAACGUGUGGGAUGGAGUCUGCAUGUGCUUUAUAUAUGCAUCACUUCUAGAGUUUGUCUGUGUCAACUACGUUGGAAGGAAGCGACCUCUUCACAACGUUGUUUACAGACCUGGCGAGAAUCCUGUCACUCAGCGACUGCCCGCGGUUCUGAGCAGAAUUGGCAUUAUACUGGCCAGCCCUUUGGAGGCGAUGGAAUUCCUCCAUUGGGCAAAAUCCGAAUCGCCCGCACCGGAGCCCGGUGGUGCUGGAGACAAAAAACGCGAGUCGACGGGUGCUGCCGACUUAGUUUCGUGCGCAACGUGUACAGGGGCUCCUGGUUCCUGCACGCACUCUGCGAACAACGGUGGUGUAGCUGAGCCAUGUUUCGUCCAGGUCCGCAAAAAAGAACCUCCGCAUCCGAUCCGCGUGGCGAAGACGAUCGACGUCAUUGCCCGCAUCACUUUUCCUACUGCCUACGCGGUAUUUCUUAUCUUCUUCUUCAUUCACUACAAGGCCUUCUCUUAA